AUCUGUAUAUAAUUUGUAGGUGUGUGAAAACACCCCCAGAAAAUUCAUCAAAAUGGCUGCACCACCACCACCACAACCAGCGCCCUCCAACAAGAGGUUACAACAGACUCAAGCACAAGUAGAUGAGGUUGUGGAUAUUAUGAGAGUAAAUGUUGACAAAGUUCUUGAGCGAGAUCAGGCGCUAUCAGUCUUGGAUGACCGUGCAGAUGCCCUCCAGCAAGGAGCAUCACAGUUUGAGACGAAUGCUGGCAAACUCAAACGGAAGUACUGGUGGAAAAACUGCAAGAUGAUGAUCAUCCUAGCAAUUAUUAUCAUUGUCAUUUUAAUAAUCAUUAUCGUGUGGGCCACACAGGCUUAGAAGUCGCUAUCGUGCAAAGCCAAAAAAAGUAACACACACAGGGAACCAGCUUUAGCACCAUCAAAGGAAAAAAAAGGAAUAUCUCAACAAGUCAUCUUCCCCUGGCCGACUCGGACGCAUCUCCGCAAGGUCAAAGGUCACCCCGCUCAUUUGUCCCAGGUGAAAGGUCAUCAGCUGCACACUGAACCUUGAGAGGCAAAUAUCCUGUGAAUCGACCAUCUCUACAUUUCUGUAAACUUUUACGGGGAAAGUCUAUUUUUAAUAAGGUAACCGGUGUAUUUAAAAGGAAUGGUAGUUAUCCUUUAAGAUGUUAUGGGAAGGACUAAUCUUAAUCUCUCAUUUUAAGUUUGACUAAUCC